AUGCGAUUAAAAGAUAAAGGUGUUGAAUGUCCCGCUAAUUGCGGUUGGAGAAAUGUCCAACAACUUAGAUCGAGUAAUACAACUCAAGCCCAAAUGUCAAAUGAUAUCAAGUGGAACAAACCUUCGGUUGAUCGUUUCAAAUGCAACAUUGAUGCAUUCUUUUCUAACAAUAAGGUAAGAAUAGGUGUUUAUAUUAUAGAUGAUGGGAGAUUGUUUGAUGUUGCCCAAUCAGAGUGGUUUUCGCCUAGUACUGAAGUCGAUGUAGGGGAAGCUUUGGGUCUCUUGACUUCUAUUAAAUGGGUGCAUGAGCUAGGCUUGGAUUGUGUCAAUAUUCAACAACCAAAUGAUUUGGAUUUUGGUGGUAUUACUCGGGAAUGUAAAUGCUUGUUAGCUCUUUUAUUUAGGAACUCUCAUGUUAAGUUCGUUAAGAGACAAGCUAAUGAGGUUGCUCAUGUUUUGACAUGA